AUGGCGGGGGCGGCGGGGCUGUGGCGGCUGCGGGCCCGCGCGGGGCUGUGGGCGCUGCCGGGCCCGGCCGUGCGGGGCCGGGCGGUGCUGCCCGCUCUCCGCAGCCGCCCCCUGUCGCAGCUGCCGCCGGGCCGCGGGCCGCGGGCGGGCCCCCAGAGGCGGCUCCUGUCGUGGCGGUCGCUGGCGGCCACCGUGGUGCUGGGCGGGGGCCUGCUGGCCGGCAUGAAGGUGAUGAAGCGGCGCAAGGAGGAGGAGCUGGAGAAGGAACGGAACCGAGGCAUUGGGAAGCCGCUGCUGGGAGGGCCCUUCUCGCUGGUGAGCCAUGAGGGACAGCCCAGGACCAACAAGGACUACAUUGGCCAGUGGGUGCUGAUCUACUUUGGCUUCACUCACUGCCCUGACAUCUGUCCUGAUGAGCUGGAGAAAAUGAUUGCAGUGGUAGACGAAAUUGAUCGAAUUCCAUCUUUGCCUAAUCUGACCCCACUCUUCAUCACCAUCGAUCCUGAGAGGGACAACCAAGAAGCCAUUGCCAGAUAUGUUAAAGAAUUUUCUCCGAAGCUGGUGGGGCUGACUGGCAGCAAGGCACAGAUUGACCAAGUGGCUAAAGCAUACCGUGUGUACUACAGUGAAGGGCCCAAGGAUGAGGACAACGAUUACAUAGUGGAUCACACAAUCAUUAUGUACCUCCUCGGCCCUGAUGGUGACUUUGUGGACUACUAUGGCCAGAAUAAGAAGCCCGCUGAGAUUUCGGCUUCUAUUGCUGCACACAUGAGAAAAUACAGAUCCUAGAACAGAAGUUCUUCAAAGACCGCUGUGAAUGUCACCUGUGGGUUUGGCUGUGAUUGGACAUUGGAGCUAAAGCAGAAGCACACAAGUGGAACAUCUUGUCAAGCAGGUCUCCUUUCUUCCUAAAAGGAAGGCAUCCAUGUUUCUGCAAAUUCCCAUUACCAAAAAUCUCUACAGAACCUUCCCCAGGGGUAUCAUUUCCAACAAGAUCUUGGGUACAGAAUGAAAUCUGGGACUUCUCUGAAACAUUGUUGGGAGCAAAGGAUGGAAAGGACUUUUCACUUGGGAAGAAUGUGUGUGUUGCUGGUAAAAUAUUGCUGGUAAAAAAAAAUUGCUGAUCUAGCAAGACAUCAGCAGGGACAGCAGUCACUGCAGGAGAAUUACUUGAUGCAAAGCCAUGGGGCCGUGGUGUUCUCAGAGGAGCUCUGCCCUCUGGUUUCUCUGCACUGUUUUGCCUUCUGGGAGAGGCAGUUGCACUCUGAGAAGCAGGGGAGCCUUAAGAGUGCUUCUUUAUCCAGGUUAAGAAGAUGAAGAGCACUGCAAGCACCGGCAGCUUCCAUGCAUGGGACCAGCCCUGUAGUGUGCCUGAUCAUUUAAUCUGAAUGCAGAAAUGAAAUGUGUUUUUCUGGUGAUUUUUCAGAUGAACACUGUUCACUUAUAAGGAAAAGAGAAUUGGGUUGCAAGUAGGCUUUUUUCUUCUGGUGCAAAUGAUGGUGUGUGUAGUUGCUUUGCUUGUGCUGUGCUGAGAGGGGAGGUGGGGAGGGUGGAGGGAUGCUGUGUCCAUGCACAGGGCUGGCAAUCAGAUACAUUUUAUGCAGUGCAGCAUUUGAAAAUAAAGAUUGAUU